UCUCACUGCACAAAACCGUAAACGAUGAGACCAACCCGGUCCAGUACUUUUCUGAGAAUAUUCAUCACAUUCAACUAUUGAAGAGCUCGGAGACCAUUCCAGAGAAGGAGACGAACUCAUAAAAAAAAAAAAAAAAAAAAUUGUUCGAUUUCAAUUUCUUACCCCCAAAUCGACCCCAAAACUCCUCCCUCUCUUAUUCGAUUCUUCGCUCCACAUCAGGUACUUGAAUAACACAUUCAAUCCAAUCUAUAUAUAUUUACAGGCUUGUCUAUAAUCUAUAUACUGUAAAUUUUUGUUAUUUAGUUGGAUUCUUUGUUUCCUUCCAAUUUUCUCUCACUUUCCCGAGAAAUCUUUGAUAAAUUUGGCUCUGAUGAUUACGACGCCCGUUUAUUGAGAUCACUGGAGUGAGUGACUUGCUUUUGAACUGAGAUUGAUCGAAUUAAAAGGUGUGCCGUGCCCUAAUUGAGCUCUAGGGUUUGGAUUGGUUUUAUUCGUUAUUCUUGUGAUGUAGCUAAUAAGUCUGUUUAUCAAUAGUAUUUGUGAUGGCAACUGCAAUUGUGCAUUAUGUGAGAAAUUUAUGGCCUUUUUCGGCACUCAAGUUUGAUGACUUGAAAGUAUCAAAUGGGUUAGUUCGGAAACUUUCAGUGCCCGAACACACGAAACAGUUUGUCUUUGCCAUUCGUGAACCGGAAUCGCAGGCUGUUAUAUAUAUACUUUGUGUUCAGAAUUUGUCUGAGAGAUCAGCUUGGGAUGCUGAGUGUCUUAUUAGAGAAAUUAGGCCUGAUGCUGUUGUGGCUCAAGUGGGUAAUUCGUUGGUGAAUGAAAUUCAGGCCGAGGAAAUUGAAUUUUGGAAUAAAAAGGAUGAUCCGUUUCCAACAUCGUCGUUUGAAGUUCUAAGAAGGUGUUUUGUUCAUAAAAUAAAUAAAGAGAAGUAUGAAAAUGUUGCUGGGAGUUUGGUCUUGAAAGAGAUUUUCGGGAUUAGCUUUCACGGGCAUUUUUUAGCUGCCAAAAGAGCCGCCAGGGAGGUUGGUUCAUCGUUUUUAUUGCUUGAAUCACCAUUUGUGAAAUCUAGUGAGAACUGCAGUCCCUCUGGUGAAGCUGACUCGGGGAAUAAGUUUCAAGCUUUAGCUUUACAGCCUAGUAGUUUGGCUCCACAGAAAUUGGGUUCUACAAUUCCCUCAAGUUCACGGAGGUUUUAUCUUACAGAUGAUCUUCAUUUGCAGAUGGUGAAAUCGUUAUCUUCGUAUUUAAAUUAUUCAAGAUCUGCUCUAAAGGCAGGUUCUGGAGAGCUUCAGCCAAGAGUGAACUAUGAGGCUCCAUCAUUUGCCCAAUCCAUUUAUCCUUUACUUUAUGAUUUACAUAAUAUAUUUUUGGAUAUCCCCUCAAUUGGAAGGGGACUUGCUCAUGCACAGAAGAUGCUUCAUGAUGUGAACAGGGGAGAAAUUGUUAGCACUCAACUCAUAUCGGAAGUUUAUAUUUUUCGAAUUGCGGUAGAGGGAUUGAGAAUCGCUCUAAAUAAUGCAGGCCGUUUACCUAUAAACAACAUGGGCUCAACUACAACUGAAUUUUCAGAGCUUCCUGUUGAGGACAAGUCGCAUGCUCUUCUUGCUCAGGCCCUCAGAAGCCAGACUAAGAAGUUCAAAUCCGUAGUGGCAAUAGUUGAUGCUAGUGGCUUAGCUGGUCUUAGAAAACAUUGGAACACUACCGUUCCUCAGGAUGUCAAAGACAGGGUUGAAGAGCUAGUCACUAAUUGUGAAAGUGAAGGUGAAAUAUCAAACCACAAUGGCAGAAAGGGAUUGUUUAGUAAUAAGCCAGUAGUGGCAGUUGGGGCUGGAGCAACAGCCGUAUUAGGAGCUUCGUCCCUAUCUAAAGUUGUUCCUGCAUCAACCUUCAUGAAAGUUGCUACUUUCAAAGUUCCUGCUUCACUUAAACUUAUUAUGACACAAACCCAAAAGGCUGUUGCUAUUGCCCUAAGCAAGGGUAUUGGUCCAUCAAAACUGGUAGCCCCCGGAAUUGCAAGCUCUGGAGCCAAAACGACAUCUGCCCUGAAGGCAGCUGCUUCUGCUGAGAAAAUCCGAGCUGUGGUUCACAGUGUUAUAGCCUCUGCCGAGAAGACCAGCUUUUCAGCCAUGAGAACAGCAUUCUAUGAAAUAAUGAGGAAACGACGGGUUCAGCCAAUUGGUUUUUUGCCAUGGGCCACAUUUGGGUGUAGCAUUGCUGCAUGCUCAGGGUUGAUAGUUUGUGGAGAUGGAAUUGAAUGUGUCGCUGAAUCUUUUCCAGUGGCUCCCUCAAUUGCUAGUUUAGGUCGUGGGAUCCAUAGUCUGCACCUAGCAUCUCAGGCAGUGCCACAAGCAGAAAGCUCCAGGAUACAAAAAUCUAUAGAGUCCCUAAUGUACAGAUUUAAGAAAGUAAAGGCUUGAUAAAGUAAGAAUCUGAAGUUUUCACUCAUGUAUACUUAUUGAUACUUUCCGGAAAGUUUUUCAUGCUUGACUUGUGGUUCAUAUAUUUUUUCUGUACAUUAAGGUCAGUUCAAUAAAAUUGAAAAUUGAGAAUUGAUGAA